UUGUUGAGGUUUCACUUUCAGUAACAUAUAAAUGCAUUGAUUGCAACUUAACCACAGUGCUAGUGAAGCCCCGGACAGGUAGCAGGGUAGACCGUAGCGAUGGCGUUUUCCCGUGUCCUACCUGUGACCUUGUCACUGGCCAUGUGUCUGAGUCUGGUCGGCGCUGGGAACCCUGGAUUUGUGGUGAGGCUCACUCAGAAAGGACUGGAUUAUGCGCGCCAGGAGGGAAUGAGCGUUCUGCAGAAAGAGCUUGCAAAGGUCCAUAUCCCGGAUUUUUCAGGAUCAACACACAGUCCCGUGGGGAAAAUCAAGUACAGUUUCUAUGGCAUGGCUAUCCGUAACUUCCAGUUACCCAGCUCACAGAUCAGUCCUGUGCCCAACGUUGGUCUGAAGUUGUCAAUUUCUGGAGCUUUCAUUGAGAUUACCGGAAGGUGGAGAUUCAAGACAAAGCUUCACAUAUCAUUUAGCGGUGGAUUUGAUGUGAAGGUGGAAGGACUCAGUAUAUCUGUAGGACUAAAGCUGGGCAGCGAUGGAGCGGGCAGACCAACGAUAGCUCCCUCUGAUUGCAGCUGCCACAUCUCGAAUGUCAAUGUCCAUGUAUCGGGGAAGUUUGGCUGGCUGGUCGAUCUUUUUAAACACAGUGUUGAAAAGGAUUUAAGAAAGUCUAUAGAGAGUCAGAUCUGUCCGUUGGUCCAGAAUGCCAUUGUCACUAAACUGGAACCACUUCUUCAAACCCUUCCAGUGACAGCAAAGAUUGACAACGUAGCUGCCAUUGAUUAUUCUCUCACUGGCCCUCCACCUGUGACUGCAGCAACCGUGGAUGUUGCACUGAAGGGAGAAUUUUUUGAACUGUCCCAUCGUACUCCUCCUCCUUUCUCUCCGCCAUCGCUGUCCUUACCCGCUGACCACAACCUCAUGAUUUAUUUUGGAAUCUCAGAUUACUUGUUUAACACCGCUGGCUUUGUCUACCAUUCAGCUGGGAAACUCGUCUUUAAUAUCACUGAUGACAAGAUUCCCAAAGACUUCAGCAUUCGGUUAAACACUUCUUCAUUUGGCGCGCUAAUACCUCAGUUAUCCAAGAUGUACCCAGAUAUGCUCAUGAAACUCACGGUCUCAUCUACCUCGGCUCCAUUUCUAGACAUCAAACCAGGAAAUUUGUCUAUUUCCCCAAAAAUGGACAUUCAAGCUUAUGUGAUCUUACCAAAUGCCACUCUGGCUCCAGCUUUCCUAUUAAAUGUGACAACCAGCGCUCUAGUGAAGGUGGCUAUAAGUUCAGGAAGGAUUGUGGGUAAUCUGGAACUAAGUAGGAUACAAAUGGACCUUAAACACUCUGAUGUGGGUCCUUUUUCCGUGAUGAUAUUAAAUGCUGCUGUAAACUAUUAUAUGUCACACAUACUGCUUCCCCAGGUUAAUGACAUCCUGCACAAGGGUUACCCCCUGCCACUGCUGGACCAUAUUCAGCUCACAGAUGUUGUCAUAGAGCCACGUGAGAAUUUCCUUCUCUUUGGAGCAGAUGUUCACUAUGGACAAGUAGAGGACAACUGGAUUGCUGAAUUAUACUGAUAGAGAAGGAUGGGUCGGGAUUACACUGCAUCAAAAUAAACCUGUGAUUACCUAAAA